AAGAAAAGUCAAAAAUCAGUGUGUUGGCUCGAUUUAGACAAAUAUUCAUAAUUAUCACGUAAUUACAAAUUAUAAUGAGACCGAAAUUAUACAUUUAACCAUGAAAUUAGUUAAAAUAUAUUAAUCAAGUAUACACGAAUGUAUUGAAUGAUUCAUAGUUCAAUGUUGAGGGUCGUCAUGACAAGGGCUUUUCGUUAAAUAGAUUUUUUUGUAUGGAAACUGUGAAUAUGGAGUUAAGGGAAGCCGGAGAUGGAGCUGCGGCUGUGGAUUGUGAAGAUACUCCGAAGAAAUACAGUUGGGCGGAGGUACGGCAAGCAGUUCACGACUUAAGAAAAGAGCUAUCCUCUUUGUCCACGAUGGUACCCAUGGCAAUAUCAUUCAGGAAACUUGGUAAUGGGAAAACGAGAAUAUAUUUCUUGAGGACCCCGCAGAACGGAUGGGAGAUCACGCUCCUGUACACCGACAUCAGCCCCACCCAACAGACCAGUAAUGCAAGGUUAGAUUGGAAACCAUUGAUAGAAUCAAACAUAGCGCUCGGUGUAUCAUCGGGGAAGUGGUCAAGGGAGGAACAGCUGCUAUGGGAGCGUCAGAGGGUGGCCGGGUGGGGCAUAGCGUCCUACGAACUGCAUCCGAAGACCGGCAGGGUGCUGUUUCCAUGUGCCUCGUCCCUGUUUGUAGCUGAGGAAGGGCCUAAUCAGUCACCGCCUCUUGUACCCCGUUCCCUCAGUACCGGUUGGGGGGCGCCUCUAACACCCGCGAUGUGCCCCUCGAUGCCGUCGCUUGUGGCUCACGCUGCGAGAGGAGAUAUAUGGCUCGCGGGUGAUAAUCUAAAACGGCCGGCUCGACUGACAUACGCUUGCAAAGGGAGGGAUGAGCGUUUAGCAGAUGAUCCUCGCCAAGCCGGAGUACCGUGUUACGUCACACAGGAAGAAUUCUCACGGUAUACGGGCAUCUGGUGGCAACCGAAGCGAGAUGAUGAUGUGUUCCGGAUAGUGUACGAGGAAGUGGAUGAGAGCGAUGUGAAGAUAUUCAGCUUUCCGUCCUCGCAGAGCUCCAGCGGUGAGGUCGAGGAGUUCAGAUUUCCUCGCGCCGGCACACCGAAUGCGAAAUCAAUCUUGAAGAUGGUUACAUUCAGACUGCAGAAGGCGACCCCCACCACUGUACUGGACUAUUACCAGGAAGGGCACUCCGACCACACACCACAAGCUUCAGACUCGAACGAUUCAAUGGAAGUGACUGACAUCAGAUGGUACCAGCUCAGACAGUCCCUCAAAGAGACAUUUCCCUGGUUCGAGUACUUAGCGAGGGUCGGCUGGACACCUUGUGGUACAUACGUGUGGGUGCAGCUGCUGGACCGCAAGCAGCAGCGCCUGGAGCUGGCGCUGGUGCCGGUGAGUGAGUUCAGCGCCCGGGGCGCGUACGAGUCGGCGCCGCCCGGCGCGCAGCCCGCCGACUGCGGGGACGCCGCGCACGCGCACGCGCACUGCGCCGAGCAGCAAAUCCAAGUCCUGAUAUCCGAGUCGGCGCCGGACGCGUGGGUCAACGUGCACGACAUCCUGCACUUCCUGCCGGCCGCGCCGGGGACCAUGCGGUUCAUCUGGGCGUCCGAGGAGACGGGCCACUUGCACCUCUACCUCGUCACGUGUGCGGUGCCGGCCAAGAGAGCUACCUCUGUAAUAGAUAUGAUAACGGAAGACGAAUCGAACGCUCUCGGUCCGAGCGUGAUCAGCAAGCAGGCCAUCACGAGCGGGGAGUGGGAGGUGAUGGGGAGGAAAAUAUGGGUGGACGAGUCUCGGGGAUUGGUGUACUUUGUCGGGCUCCGGGAGACGCCGCUGGAGCGUCACUUGUACGUGACUUCCUACGAUCCGCCCGCACCGCAGAGCGUCACGCUUCUCACCACCGUGGGACACUCGCAUACCGUUGACAUGGAUGAGGAGUGCUCCACGGCCGUGAUCACGUCUUCAAACAUCAGCAGCGCGCCCAGCACGCGCGUGCUGCGCGUGGAGCACGGCGCGGGGGGCGUGGGCGGCGCGGCGGGCGCGGGGGGCGCGGGCGGCGCGUGCGUGGCGCUGCGGGCGUGCGGCGCGCUGGCCGAGCGCGCGCACGGGCCGGAAACGUCAGACACUCGAUCGUUCAACGGCUCGUGGGACAGUCGGUCGGGCGACGGCGACGACGAGAACGACGUGUCGAUACUCGUUAAAGAGCGCCUGCUGUCGGCCGCGCCGGCGCCGCAGAUCCUGAGCGCGCGGCUGUCGUGCGGCCUGCGGGCCUACUGCACGCUGUGGCGCGCGCGGGGCGCCGGCCGCCGCCCCACCGUGCUGCACGUGUACGGCGGGCCCGAGGUGCAGACCGUCACCAACAGCUACCGGGGUAUCCGUCAGCUCCGCAUGCACAUGCUGGCGGCGCGUGGGUUCAACGUGGUGGCCGUGGACUCGCGGGGGUCCAAGCACAGGGGCCGCGCGUGGGAGGCGGCGAUACGGGGGAAAAUGGGGCAGGUUGAACUGGAUGAUCAGGUUGAAGUAUUACAGUGGCUGGCGAAGGAAACCGGAUGUAUCGAUAUGGAUAGGGUCGCGAUACACGGCUGGAGUUACGGCGGGUACCUGGCGCUGCUGGGGCUGGCGACGCGGCCCAACGUGUUCAAGGUGUGCGUGGCGGGCGCUCCCGUGACGUGCUGGCGGCUGUACGACACGGCCUACACGGAGCGCUACAUGGGGCUGCCGGCCUGGGCGCCGCACGCCUACUCGCGCGCCAGCGUGCUCGCCCACGCGCCCUUCUUCCCCGACAAAGAAGGCAGACUACUCAUAAUCCACGGUCUAGCGGACGAGAACGUACACUUCUGCCACACGGCAGCGCUGCUCUCCGAGCUGAUACGUCUCGGGAAACCACAUCGAGUUCAGGUAUAUCCCGGUGAACGACACUCCCUGAGAGCGAUGCACGCCUCCAAACACUACGAAGCGACUCUACUCCACUUCCUACACGAAAACCUCUAAAUCGCCUCGGCCGUUGGUAGCUCGACCGGUGACGCUACCACACCACACAGUCUACAGUUAAGCUACCAGUUGCCAAGUAUAAAUAACUGAUUGAACAGUAUUAUGCGGUAAAGAGUCAAUGAUAAACUUAAAAGUAUUUUAUUUUUCAUAAUUUUAUAAGUAUUAAUGGAUUUUUAUUUCUGAAAAAAAAGUGAAAAUUACAAUUUUUGUAACAGUGCAAUAGGCAAAAAUAAAUGAUCUUGGCAAAAGCAACAAAAUAAGUCCCUGAAACUUUCCCGAUAACCAGAUUCGUUCAGAUGUAAACCGGUUUCAUCCGGCAGGAAGCAGUUCAAACUAGAUAAAAUAUAACGAUGAAAUUUUGAUAUUUGUUUCGUUUUAAGUUUAUAAUUUGUAUAAAUUUAUUUGAAAUUGAUUUUUUUUUACACGAAUAAAACUAUUUACUUUUUUUUUAUUUAAUCAAUAUUUUAUAUUUUUUUAAUAUUAUGGACCUUUCACAAUACACAGCAUCGAGCGGUUUCUCGUUAAUCUGUCUGAACUCUAAAUGAAGGUUUGUACUUAAAAUAUGUGUUAUUAAAAUUCCCAGUGAUAAAGUUAUUUUCAAAUGAAUUUAUACAAUGUAUCAUUUAAUAAUACAAUUCACAGUCUAAUCAACAAAACUGAACUUCUAAUCUCAUUACUGUCAUGGUUUAUACCGUGAUGAGUAGUUCAUACCAACCUGGAUGGGCUUGCACAGAGCCGUACUAUAAAAUAAAUGUCACAAAUUGCUCUCCAACUAUAGUCAAAUAUACUUAUAGCCGAUUCCAAUCGAAGUAGGAAUAAAGAUAAACAAACCUUAAAUUUACUUAUUACAAAAUCAAAAUAGACUUUAUUCACGUAGGCUUUCACGAGCACUUUUGAAUUGUCAUUUAAUAAACUAUAUUAAGUGGAUAUAAUUAUAUAUUAUAAUAUUACACUUUACUUAUUUCCACUUUAAUUUGAGUUCCAAAAUAACGAUAACAGUUACGUCGACGUUCGAAACGCGUUUUCGCAAAUCCAUAGUGAAUGUCAUAGAUUAAUCGAGCUCUCGACCAAUGAUAUCGCGUCAAUUUGCUGUCGAAUGUUUUUUUAUUUGGCUUUUCGCUUAUAGUUGGAAUAGAGUAUAGUUUUCAAUGUGGUCUCAAUAAGAUCUCAAGAUAUUUAGUAUUUUUAAAGGGAAUUUUAAUUUACAUUUUGUUUUUAAUUAACAAGAAAACGAUUUUCACGCUUAGAACGACAAACGCAAUUAUUUGUAUAAUAAUAUUAUAUACUAAAACCUUUUCCAAAACGCGGUGCAUCUUUUGGUAUAAGUUUUAUGAAUAUUGGCUUAGCAGUUUAUCAGUUAGGUAUUAUACGAAAUAAAUAUUUUCUCAAUAUUAAAGAUUUGAAUGGUAUUUGUACAAACAUCCUUUGAUUUCAUAAUGUUUUUACGUUAAUAAUUGCCAGUACAAUAAAUACAUACAAAUUUGUUACUAGCAAUAUUUAAUACCGUUUCUGUAACGCGUGUUUUAUUUAAGAAGAGAUUUACAAAUGGCGGGACGUAAGGUCUGCAAAAACGUUCAAAAAUUUUAAUAUUUUUUUUUGUUAUUAAAAUUUACUUUUUAAUAAUUGAUAAAUAAUAUUAAUAUACCUAUUUGUUUUGAUUGUUAAUUAAAUUUAUUUAAAUAAAUAACAAUUUUCAAUAAUAAAAUUAUGAAUUUCGUUUUUUUCUAACCAUAUCGAGUUGCCAUUUAUAAAUCUUCUUUAUUGACACAGAUUAUAUAUUUCUAGAUCUGUUCGUUCAUGUGUAUAAGUCAAAUUUUUUUUUUUUGUUUUGCGGCCUUUUUUCUUACCUUAGUCACAACGCGCGUUAAGACAUCUCGUAAUGGUCACUAUUUGUUUCUCUUCGUGAGCGAACAGAUCUAUAAUGAUAUAAACUGUGCCUAAGUAAUUAAGUUAAAAGUGAAAUUUAUUUGAUUGUAACUACAGAGAUCAUGAUGCAGUUUGUAAGAAGAUAUUGCUUUGAAGAAAUACUUGCAGUGAAAUUUGAUCCAAAUCAUCACAUAAAUAAGGUUUAUAAUCGUAUAUAUGAAAUGAAUAUACUGAUAAGUCCCUAAGUGUUUCUUUUGUAAUGUAAUUGUGCACUUUAUUAAUAAGACUACACGGAUCAAAUUCGUUUGAAAAUUAUUUCAACUUUAGCGACGAGCAUUUUUUUUUUAAAACGGUGUUCGACUGGUAUUUUUGGAUACGCUUGGAAGUCCUUGUAUUAGAUGCAAUAUCUCAUCUUUGGUCGAAGUUUAAGUGCUUUAUAAACUUAACGUCCAUUCCACGAAACGAGAUCCCACAGGAGAUUGCUCACGCCGGAUUCGACAUUAUCUCUGACGGCGCGCAUCGGCCGAUGAGAUUCGUUGCCAAGUAAUUCGAAUCGUGGAAUGUUGUGUCUGUCACAUGAGUUUCUCUCGCCUUAGAUGUAUUUUUUUUAAGUAAAACCUUUUUCGUUUCGUCGGAUUUGUUUCGUAGUUCUAAAGUGGGUUUAUAUUCUGUACAUAAUCAGUUGUAGUGUAAGCAGAAAAGUUAUCGCAUAAUACUCGUUUGAUAUCAAAGUCAUCAAUAUUAUAAGUUUCUCACUGUUAUUAUAAAAUAAAAUA